UUUAGUUAUUGAGAGAGAUUUAUUUGUGAAAAUAUGAAAUCUGGUGGAUCACAUUUCUUUAGGACCAAAUAGAUAGAUAUCAAUGACCAAAAUUUCAUUUUACCCUUAUGGUUCUCCGUAGGGUUUAGAAAUGGUUUAAACGCCAAUUGGCGAUCACAUUUCUUUAGGACCGAAUCGCUCUCAAUCCUACACCCCUUGUCUGGAAGCGCCAAUGAUUGAUCUUUGAAACCUCAUAUCCCCUACUGAUAUCUUCUAAAUUCAAUCGCCAACCCUUAUAAUUUUUUUUGAAAUUCCUACAAAAUUAAGAGAGUCGGUUACGGAUUUCACCAUGAAAGCUUCCGCCUCGCCUCAUUCAAAAGCUCCAUUCAAGUUCAGGAUUCCGACGGCGGAGAAUCUAGUCCCAAUUCGUUUGGACAUUGAAAUUGACGGUCAGAGGUUCAAAGAUGCUUUCACUUGGAACCCUUCUGAUCCCGAUUCAGAGGUGGUGGUCUUUGCAAAGAGGACGGUGAAAGAUUUAAAACUUCCUCCGGCAUUUAUAACACAAAUUGCACAAUCCAUUCAAUCACAGCUUACAGAAUUUCGAUCCUUUGAAGGUCAAGAUAUGUAUACUGGUGAAAAAAUCAUUCCAAUCAAGCUUGAUCUUCGAGUGAACAAUACACUCAUAAAGGAUCAGUUUCUGUGGGACUUGAACAACUAUGAGAGCGAUCCUGAAGAGUUCUCCAGGACAUUAUGCAAAGAUUUGGGCAUUGACGACCCUGAAGUUGGACCUGCAAUUGCUGUUGCCAUUAGAGAACAGCUCUAUGAGAUAGCAGUGCAAAAUGUUGCUUCAGCAAGAGAAAGCAGAAUGAGCAAGAAGGGUCGCCGAGGGUUUGAGCAUGUUCCAGUAAGUAAAACUGGAGGUGCUUCAGUGGACUUGGUGAAGUUAUUUGGUCAUAGAUCAAGUGUUGUUCGGAAAAGGAAGGACUGGGACAUUUACGAACCAAUUGUUGAUCUUCUAUCCAACGAGGAAGUAGAUGCCCUUGAAGCAAAAGAAGAGAGGACAGCUCGAUAAUAUACUCUUGGUUGAUGUUGAUCUUAUCGCUUCUAUCGUCAAACAAGGUUGGCUUUCUUAGUGGAGGUAAAUUAUUCAACAUGGAGUGGAACUGUUCUUGACGGUUUAACACAUCAAUUAACAUUUACUUAAUGCCCCCCAAGUUAAAGGCUUUUAGAGCGAUUCUUCAUAGAGUAUAUAACCUAUGGAGCAGAUUCUACUCAAGUAAGGUCGAAGCAGGGAUAUCAAUUCUGAUACUAAAGUGUUCAUAGGGUAGAUAUUUUGACUAUGUAGAGUGGUAACUUCUGAUAUGAGUUCUUCCCAUUCUUAUUUGUUGCUUUUGGUAACAUACUCUCGGAACCAUACAAAUGAAGUAAAGAUAUUCAUAUAUGCCAAAAGUUGUUUGUUUCUA